UUUGGGCUCGCGCCAUAUUGGUAGACCGGAAAAUGGCGUCGAGCACGAUUAACAUGAGGAGAGUUAGGGUGAAAGAUACGAAGACAAACGCCGUUUCAAAUCAGGAAAACAACUUUCACAGUUAUAAGUUAAGUCUACCUGCACCAGAAAGGAAGAGGUAUGAGGACAAGUUGGGCAUUAUAGACGGUAAAGACCCAUAUGAAACUACCACAUGGUCAACAGAUGCCGGGCUCCUUCCAGAAGUUACAUACAUGGACAUUGUGAACUAUUUACUUUUUACUACGAGCUAUUAUUCCCAAGAGCAAUUGAAAUGUUAUAAAGGACUGGAAGCUUAUAAUCAGUUUGUGUGUGGUUGGGUUAGAGAUGUCGGGAGUGUGGAAGUCGGAGGAAAAAUUGUUACAUCUGCCAAGGUACUCCACUCCCAGCGGAUGAACGAAAAGCCCCUUAGGCCAUGGGUGAUUGUUGAAAAAGAUGGAAGAGUGGUUGCUGGCCAUUGCACUUGCAUGGCCGGCCUGGGAGAGGCCUGCACACAUGUUGCAUCACUUCUAUUUUACAUGGAAGCUUCUGUGAAAAUUAGGAACUCCCUGACUGUCACUCAGGAAAAAGCCUAUUGGAAACUACCAAAGCCUUUUGGGUCUGUUACGUAUGACAAACUUAAGAACCUGGAUUUCACAUCAGCAACUAAAAUGAAAAGAAGACUUGAUGCCGUCAUCACUGAAGACAGCCCUACAGCUCCUCUGCAGAAAAAACAAAUAACAACUCCACCUUCAGACAGCAGAUUGACAAAUUUUUUUGCGAAAUUAAGCCAAGGAACCUCCCGACCAGCAAUAUUAUCAAUAGUGCCAGAACACUCAGAACAGUUUAAACCAAAUAUCAUGACUGGACAGUAUCCUCUUGUUUUGACUGAACUCUACAACAAAGACACUAAUGAUAUGAGUUAUAGUGAAGUCCUCACGUUAUGUGAUGGAGUGAAUAUUUCUGUGACUAAAGCCCAAGCAGAAAAAGUGGAACAUAUGACAAAAGCACAGGCCCGCAGUAAACACUGGCAGCGUUUCCGUGCAGGCAGAGUGACAGCAAGCAACAUGGGUGAUGUUUGCCACACAAAUCCAGCCAGCCCAUCCGUCAGCCUCAUCACAAAUAUCUGCUACCCCAACAGGAGAUCUUUUUCUUCAGAAGCGACGACAUGGGGGCGUUCCCAAGAGAGUGUUGCACUGGAAGCUUUUAUGACACAGGAGUGUGGUGCCCACAGUGAUGCCUACCUGACAGAGUGUGGUUUAAUUAUUUCCACAGAAAAUCCACACAUUGCAGCAACUCCAGACAGCCUUUUCCAUUGCUCUUGUUGUGGUGUUGGUGUUGUCGAAGUGAAAUGCCCUUAUGUUAAAAAGGACUGUACUCCGCAAGAAGCGGCAGAGGACAGGUCUUUCUGUCUGAGGAAAUGCGAGGAUGGCACAUUGCAGCUGAAGAAAAACCAUAAGUUUUUUUACCAGGUGCAGACACAGAUGGCAGUUGCCCAAGUUGAGUGUGCUUUUUUUGUGGUGUGGACAAAGAAAGGCAUCCACGUAGAGAGGAUAUUGUUUGACACUGACUUUUGGAACAAUAUUUUAGCCAAAGCCAACCAUGUCUUCCGCAAAGCUAUCCUUCCAGAGCUUGUGGGCAAGUUUUUUACCAGAGGUCCCAGCAGUGUGCUCAGUGACGUCACCAACAAAGUGACUGAUAAAGAUGUAUGGUGUUUUUGUAGGGAUACUGAGCAUGGAAAUAUGAUUGGGUGCGAUGCCAGUGACUGUGAAAUAACGAUGUUGUCUGAUACUGGUACCCAAGCAGCGUCCACAGACCCCAACAUUGGUGUCAAUGUCGGUGUGGGCGUUACUGGAGCGAUAGUGCUGAUGUUAAUUGUUGUUAUAGUUGUUGUAUUCGUCAAGCGUAAACGAAAACAGCGCCACACCUCCCAGCCAUCCAAGGCCAUUAACGCUGAUCACAGUGACAUCUCAGAGUUAUACCAAAACAAUUUGAGUCCGCAAAGCAGUGCUGGCAGGGAUCACGAGUAUGUGUCACUGGAGGCCAAACCCACGUCAACAGCUAGCCGCGUGGCUGAGUAUGUCAACGUUAAUGACAGCGAUUAUACUGUUCUGCACACUGCAGGAAACGAAACUAACGACAGGCAUCCAACACCUGCUGACGUGGAUCACUGCGACACUUUAGAGUUCAAUCAGAACAGUUUGAGUCCGCCAAGCAGUGCUGAUAGGGAUCACGAGUAUAUGUCACUAGAGGCCAAAACUAUGACAACAGAUAACAAUGUGGCUGAAUAUGCCAACGUCAAUGACAGCACAUAUACUGCUCUUUGCUUGUCAGCAAACGAAACUAAACAACGACAUCCAACAGCUGCUGGAGUACAUCAGAACAAAGUGUAA